CUGACGCUAGCCGGAUCACGUGACAGCACUUGGUCUCUCUCUCUCUCUCUCCCCCCCCUUCUUUCUCUCUCUCGAGGUCCAGGACGAGAUUGUUGUUUCCAUCAUGGCGGACACGUGUGGUCAGGUGCUGCUGGGGUCGGGUCUCACAGUUCUCUCCCACCCGCUUAUGUACAUCAAGGUGCUAGUGCAGGUUGGGCACGAACCUCUUCCACCAACUUUAGGCAGAAACUUCUUUGGCCGGCAGGUUUACCAACUGCCAGGCCUUUUUGCCUACGCUAAACACAUAGUGAAGAUUGAUGGGAAGGCAGGUCUGUUCAAAGGCCUGGCGCCUAGACUUUGUGCUGGAUCCAUCGGGACCAUCGUCCACAGUAAGGUCCUUCAGAGAUACCAGGAACAAGAAAAAAAUAAUGAGGAGUCAGGAAACUGCAAGAAAGAUGACAUCUCGUCACUACAGCAAGUUGUGAAUGAGACAACCAAAGAGAUGGUAGCACGUUCCUGUGCCACGAUUGUCACUCACCCCUUCCAUGUUAUCACUCUGAGGUGUAUGGUGCAAUUUAUUGGAAGGGAAACCAAAUACAGCGGGGUGUUCGACUCCAUUGUAACCAUCUACAAGGAAGAGGGAAUUCUGGGAUUUUUUGCGGGUUUAAUUCCUCGCCUGCUAGGUGAUAUUUUGUCAUUAUGGAUCUGCAACAUGCUCGCACACCUUGUCAACACCUAUGCAAUAGACAGCUCUAUGAACCACAUGGGAGAAAUAAAGAACUGCUCUCAGGCCAUCACAGGUUUCUUUGCGAGCAUGCUUACGUAUCCCUUCAUGUUGGUGUCCAACUUAAUGGCAGUCAACAGCUGUGGCCUUGCGGGCGGCCUUCCUCCUUAUGCUUCAGUAUAUCCUAACUGGGUGGAGUGUUGGAGGCACCUUAGCAGAGAGGGCAACACGAGCAGAGGGAACAGUCUAUUCUUCCGAAAGGUGCCGGCUGGGAAGACGUACGCCGUGGACCAGCAGAGAUUUUUUUAAAUGAUCGUGGAACAGAAUCGAAUCUAAUUGUAAUGACCUAACGUAAUAUUUGAGGAAUGAAAUGGAAAUUAUCCGAUUGUUUGUAUAUGCAUUUGUUUACAGCAACGUGCUCAAGGUUUUUUUAAAAAAAAUCAAUCUGUCAAAUUCUGAAACCAGUAAAGAUGUUUAUGCAUUAUUUUAUGACAAUGAGAGCUGCUUUGAUUGUAAAGAAAUAUAUUUUAAUUUUUUGUCAUCUAUAAAAGUACAUAUAAAGAAAGGGUUCAGGUAGAAGUUCUGUACAACCCAACAGAAAUGUGUAUCUUAAAGACCCACAAUUCAGCUGCAUGUUUUGCUGUAGCUACGUGUUUGUGCUUGGGAUCAAGCUAAACACUUAACUGUUGUUUUACAUCAGUUUUAUUGUGUCGGGGUACUUAUUGUCUUGUGUCGGCAUGGGUGCUUGAGUUUUCAGAUUGAAUUGAAGUUAACUGGUCUCGGUAGUUGUUAGCUACCUCAGACAUAACGCAAAUUUGGUCACGAAGAAUAAGUCUUUUUUACUGCAGCUUCAUAUUGGGUAUCGGCUGUAUAUACUCUUUCACCUCAUGUGCACAUGAAAUAUAAUAGAUGUGUGGAGUUCUGUGAAAUGUUCGAACUGUAAGAUUGUCCAUCUGCUCAUUAAAGAACUUAGGAUCAAAAUGAAUUGCAGAGAUCAUGCAAGCUGUUGGAGUCAAAAAGGUCAUUGUAGAUCUUUUCUGAAGUGUCAUUCUUUAAGAAUAGUACCUUUGGUGAGCAUUUGCGAGCCUUACAAUAAAGAGGGAUCCCAGUAAUAGAUAAAAAGUCCUGAAACCAAUGCAAUAAUAAAAUGAAAAUUUAACGGA